UCUUUUGGUCUUCCUGAAUAACAGCCAAAGAGCUCAGGCCACCUCUUGUAUUUUUUUUUCUUUUUCUCCUUGUCUUGAGAUGCCUGAGGCUUUGAAGAAAGAGAAGAAUGCAAUCCUUCGGAGCCUUGACCUCCCAUCCUUCUUUCCCACCAAGUUCCUUUCGCCAUUUCAAGUCCUGCUCUCUCCACAACACCCUGUGCUGUCUGAGGAAGGUGAACAAGAAGGGCCUUAAGGACACCUGGCCUUCCAUUUCUUUCUCAUUAUUCGGAUCAGGUUUCAUCUUGGGUCCUCUUGUUGAUGGUCUCCAUUCGAGGGUGAAGCUUUUAAUGUACCAAAAUGGAGCAAUUGAUAUAGGCCCUCUGCAUACCAACAUCUGGGUUCCUCCUUUGCUUGGAGCCUUUUACUGCACUGUUGGCCUGUUGCAACUCUUUUUGGAUGAAAGGUUCCCUUCCAGAUCAAAGGCUCCAGUGGGAAACCUGGAGAGAACUGCACUUUCUCUGAUAACACUCGUGGUAUUCAUUGAAUUAAGUGCUGAAAUGUACAAAGGUGGAGUCCCCAGCAAUAUCGAAGCCUACAUUUUAUUUGCUCUGGCAGAGUUUAUAUGGUUAUUCCUGGAUGGUACAUGGCAAGGUUUUGCUUUGGCUUGCUUUGUUGGUCUUGCAUGCAUUCUUGCUGAGGUCCCAUUAAUCAAGUUGUUUCACCUCUGGAAUUACCCCAGCGCUGACAUCCAACUAUUCGGAGAGGGGUUAAUCAGUUGGACCGCCACAUGUUAUUUUGUUUACGUGCCAUUCUUGAUUAAUUUGUCAAGAUGGCUGAAAGUCGUAGCUGAUGCUAAGUAGUCCAAUACAAGUGAAAAUUAUGUAUUGUUGCAAGUAUGGAGGACUGUAAGAUGUGCUGGAUUUUGGAGGCUUGUUCUUUGGGUUGGGAGUGUAAGUUUUAUUUCCAUCCUUGCAAAGUUUAGAAAGCUCCAUUAUGAUACUGUUGGGAAGAGAACUUCCUCUGGUUCCUUUUCCCUGAGGAAGAGGACAUCAACCCCAUAGAGAAGAUGUCGUUGCGAAUGAAGUGCUAAUUAUCAUUUGUUGAUCUCGGAGUUUGAGCUCAAAGGCAACUAAUUUUGUGCAAUAUAGGCAACUAAUCAGAGAUGGGAGAAAUGGAAACAUAGAAGAAGGGAGAGAUGGAAAGAGAGUGAGAGAGAGAGAGAGAGAUGCAAAGCAGCUGCUGAUCAGGAACAGUGAUGGAACAUUGCUAGAACUCACCAACUAGGAUUCAUAUAAGGACUCAUUGGGAAUUUGGCAUAGAGGAUGGAAGAGCUCAGAUCUCAACUAUUACUUGGGAAUCCAUAUAGUGGGAUCUCUAAUAAUUUUUAGCAAUAUUUUAACAGUCUGCAUGGUGAACCAUGAUUGAGCUAUAAACAAUAAUGAUAUUGGUGGAAGGUAUUUUUUGGAACUCGACCGGUGCAAUAAUCAAGCUAUAAAUAAGAAUGGAAUUAGUGUGAGAAAAGAGGAACAAUAAGUAAUUAGCUUCCAGGAUUUUGAUAGCUGAUUAUGAUACAAGACCACAUGUCCUUCAGAUGUGGGAGGGCAAGAGAGCGCAGCGGCAGGAUACGUAAUUUGGGAUUACUAAGCCGUGACCUUAUAUGCUGCUCUAUGUUCGCACUCUGUUCCACAUGAAGAAUGCAAUCAGUUCGGUUCAUUUAGAAGGCAUUGUUCUCGAAGGAGAGUCAGCUACAGUGGUCUCCUGGAUAAAUAACAACAUAGAUUGUUUACAUUCCAAAGAAAUCUCAAAUCAAUGCAAUCGAUUGCCUUUCCUACUCAGUUGGUGCAAAUCCAUGAAGCUGAGGUGCAAUGAGUCUAUUUUUCAAAAGUCUCGAUAGGGCCUUUGC